CCGGUUUUUAUCCACUUCCGAUGAACGCCGGUGACAAUGAACCUGUUUUUGCGGACUUUUUGAUGGUUUUUUUACACUGUUUUUAAGGUCACAGUAAGUCCAACAUGGGUCUGUUAUCUGACCCGAACCGAAGGAAGGCUCUGACCAGUCUCCUCACCCGCCUCAACACUCCCAUAUGUGUGGUGUGCUACCUGGCGGGCAUCGCCUGGUUCAUGGGCCUGGCGUUCGAGCCGUUCACUCUGAGGACGUACAUGUCGGAGAACGCGAUGGGUUCCACCAUGGUGGAAGAGCGGUUCCCUUCAGGAGAACGAGCUUUGGCUACUGCACGGGAGUUUGCAGCACAGAAGAAAAAGGUUGGGGGCAUGCCGGUCGACUGGCUGGUGAAGACGAUGCAGGCCAGAGGGCUGGAGGUUUUCACCCAAAGCUUCUCGCGCACGUUGCCUUUUCCAGAUGAGAACAAAGAGAGAUUUAUGGUUCAAGGCACUAAUGUAUACGGGAUCUUGCGAGCGCCCCGAGCGCCACGGACAGAAUCCCUGGUGCUCAGCGCCCCCUGCAGUCCCGGCAACAGCAACAACCAGGCAGUCGGCCUUCUCCUCGGCCUCGCCCAGUAUUUCAGGAGUCAGGUUUUCUGGGCGAAAGACAUCAUAUUCCUGGUGAGUGAGCACGAUCUCAUCGGCAUGCAGGCUUGGUUAGAGGGCUACCAUCACACCAACAUCACAGGGAUGAGCUACACGCCACUACAGGGCCGGGCCGGCUCCAUUCAGGCUGCUCUCUCGCUGGAGCUCAGCAGUGACGUCAUCACCAGUCUGGAUCUAGUACUAGAGGGCCUAAAUGGACAGCUUCCUAACCUGGACCUGGCCAACCUCUUCCACGCCUUCUGCCAGAAGCUCGGCAUCCUCUGCACCAUUCAGGGGAAGCUCCAGAGAAACGACUGGGAAAGUACGGAGGGUUAUACUCACGCCGCACAGACCAUGAUGCUGAUGGUGCUGAAGCAGGCGAGCGGUCGGCCCUGGGGUGACCACGGGCUCUUCCUGCGCUACCACAUUGAGGCCGCGACCGUCCGCGGCAUCAAUAGCUUCAGACACUACAAGACUGAUGCCACCACUCUGGGCAGGCUGUUGGAGGGAAUGUUCAGGAAGCUGAAUAAUCUCCUGGAGAGACUUCACCAGUCCUACUUCUUCUACUUGAUGCCUUCACUGUCUCGCUUCGUCUCUAUCGGAUACUACAUGCCUGCGUUCGGCCUGCUCGCUGCCAUCCUGCUCCUGCGAGUAUCCUCUCAGCUACACUAUAUGCAUGCGUUAGAUCUGUGGGUGCAGAUUGGGAGUCCAGCUCCAGUAACCCAGGAUGGAGUCGGUGAAGUAGAACCGCCGUCUAGUCCAGGUGUCCUUUCCGUGCUGACCCCGAUAGUGAUCAGUCACCUGACGGGCGUGGCUCUGUACACGCUCCCCGUCCUGUCUCAGGAAACGGCAGUAGAACACUUCCCCGUGUCUGAGACCGAGGCUGUGGUUCUCACGGCCAUCGCCAUCUACACUGCAGGCUUGGCGCUGCCGCACAACACACACAGGUUGAUCUCGGGCGAGGGCACGGAGCAGGGUUGGCGGGUGCUGAAACUGGCUGGUCUGCUCUACCUGGCCGUGCUGCUCGGCUGCACGGCUCUCAUCAACUUCUCCCUGGGCUUCAUCCUGGCCGUCACGCUGGUGCCUGCUGCUGCCUGCGUCACGCCACACAUGCCCAAGUCUUUGGGUGCCUUGGCGAUGGUGCUGCUCAGUCCAGGCUGCACACUUUUCUACUGCAUCUUCCUCUUCCAGGACCUCCAGGAAGCGCCGGUGACGCUGCCCGAGUGCUGCGUGCUCUUCCUGUCCGUCAUCUCUCAGGGCAUCCUGGACCACGCUCUCUAUGGUUCACUGAUCUACCCGUUGUUGGCGCUGUUUGUGUAUCCGUGCUGGCUGAUGCUCUGGAACGUCCUGUUUUGGAAAUAACAAGAUGAACAAACUGAGCCUUUGUCAGGAGUUAAACAGAUCAUAAGAAACACUCGGCUUGGAGGUGGGGCUUAAUGAAUGUCCAUGGAGGUAGUGGUCAGGAGUGUGGGAGGAGCUACUAAAAGGAAGACCUAAAAAAAGGAUAUGUUUUUGUAUGUUGUUUAUAUUUGCUUAAGGAAACUACACAGGAAGGUCAUUUGUUUAACACUGGAAUGAAGUGUUCUUUUUUUGUUUGUUUGUUUUUAAUAAAGUUUUUGUCUGGAUA